UCAGUGCCAUACAAGCAUUUCCAGUUACACCCAUUAGGGUACUCUGCCUGUAAUUCUCAAAUAGAGAGGGAAAAAGAAAGAAGAAGAGGAGAAAUGGGUGUUUCUUUUCUUCCUUCACCACCAUUUGUGGGAGUUUUUGUGUUCUCAUGCAUGGCAUUAUGCCUCCUUCCUGAGCUUGCCCUUGCCCAGGAUUCUGGCAUAACCAGGCACUACAAGUUUGAUAUCAAGUUGCAAAAUGUGACGAGACUGUGCCAUACAAAGAGCAUUUUGACAGUAAAUGGGCAGUUUCCUGGGCCACGCAUUGUAGCUAGGGAGGGUGACCGUCUUCUCAUUAAAGUGGUUAACCAUGUCCAGAAUAAUAUCUCCAUCCAUUGGCAUGGGAUUCGACAGCUUCGGAGUGGGUGGGCUGAUGGGCCAGCAUAUGUGACGCAAUGCCCCAUUCAAACUGGCCAGAGCUAUGUCUACAACUUCACCGUUGUUGGCCAGAGAGGGACUCUUUUCUGGCAUGCUCACAUCUCAUGGCUAAGGUCGACUCUCUACGGUCCCUUAAUCAUUCUCCCAAAACGUAAUGUCCCCUAUCCAUUUGAGAAGCCUUACAAGGAAGUCCCCAUCAUCUUUGGAGAGUGGUGGAAUGCAGACACUGAGGCAGUCAUUAGCCAGGCCCUCCAAACUGGUGGAGGCCCAAAUGUGUCUGAUGCCUAUACCAUCAAUGGACUUCCAGGCCCAUUGUAUAAUUGCUCUGCCAAAGAUACAUUCAAGCUGAGAGUGAAGGCAAGCAAGACUUACCUGCUCCGUUUGAUCAACGCAGCGCUCAAUGACGAGCUUUUCUUCAGUAUUGCAAACCAUACACUGACAGUAGUGGACGCUGAUGCUAUUUAUGUUAAACCUUUUGAGACUGACACACUUCUCAUUGCCCCUGGACAGACCACAAAUGUUCUUCUCAAGACCAAACCCCACUUCCCAAAUGCCGCUUUCCUCAUAACUGCUAGGCCAUACGUGACUGGCCUUGGCACCUUUGACAACUCCACCGUUGCUGGUAUCCUUGAAUAUGAAUUACCCUCUGCUUCCCCUCACUCUACUGUCUCCAUUAAACAGCUUCCACUCUUCAAACCAACACUUCCUCCUCUCAAUGACACUUCCUUUGCCACCAACUUCACUAAUAGGCUUCGUAGCUUGGCCAGCCCUCAGUUCCCUGCUAACGUCCCCCAGAAAGUUGACAGGCACUUCUUCUUCACAGUUGGACUGGGAACAAGCCCCUGCGACCAAAACCAAACAUGCCAAGGACCCAAUGGGACAAAGUUUGCAGCUUCGGUUAAUAAUGUGUCCUUUGCAUCUUCAACCACAGCCCUUCUACAAGCCCACUUCUCUGGACAAUCAAAUGGGGUUUACAACCCUGACUUCCCUAUCACUCCGAUCAUUCCCUUUAACUAUACCGGAACCCCACCAAACAACACUCUGGUGAGCAAUGGAACCAAAGUGGUGGUUCUACCAUUUAACACUAGUGUGGAGCUUGUCAUGCAGGACACUAGCAUUCUUGGAGCUGAAAGCCACCCUCUCCAUCUGCAUGGCUUCAAUUUCUUUGUCGUCGGCCAAGGUUUCGGAAACUAUGAUCCUAACAAGGACCCUGCAAACUUCAAUCUGGUCGACCCCAUUGAAAGGAACACCGUGGGAGUGCCCUCCGGGGGUUGGGUUGCCAUUCGGUUUCUAGCAGACAACCCAGGGGUAUGGUUCAUGCAUUGUCACCUGGAAAUCCACACCAGCUGGGGCUUGAAGAUGGCGUGGGUUGUCUUAGAUGGAAAGCUCCCCAAUCAGAAGCUGCUUCCUCCACCAGCAGAUCUUCCCAAGUGUUGAUUUUGACUCACUCAUGCAUUCACACUGAUCACAAACUGCCCUGAGAUUUUUAUGUUUUUUUAACCCAUUGUACGGCCCCUUUUGAGCACUGCCUUAAAUAAUCUUUUGUUAUUUUUUUUUCUUAGUACAUGUGGAGAGAGAGUGAAAACAAAGUGAACUUCCUGUGAGUUCAGGAUUGAUCAAAGUGUUAACAAGAAGGUUUUCAAUAACAUAUUUGGACAUUUUAUCCUC